UAAAGCACUACAUACGUACCUGGAGAGGACAACGAAAGGAUAUUGCAAUCAAAUUCAAAACUAAAUAAUUAGAAAAAUGAAUCCCAGCAAUCAACCCCACGGUGCCUGGAACUCAUCGGAGAAAUCAGGAAUGCUUCAGCCUACACAACCACCACCAGCAUACGCAUACCAGGACAUUCCUGCUGGAUACCCUCAAUCCUUUCCUAGCCAGCCAGCGCCCCAGGGCCCCUUUGCCCAAGGGCCAUAUCCAGGCCAAUCCGUGGUCACCGUUCAGCCUACAGUUUUCGUGACCGCCGCUCCACUGGCCAAUCCACUGCCAGAUUACCUGUGUUAUUCCAUCUUUACCAUGGUGUGCUGCUGCUUACCUCUGGGCAUCGCUGCACUGGUUUUCUCCUGCUCCACUCGAAAUGCCAACUACUCGGGCCAGCAAGCAUUAGCAGAGAAGAACUCCAAAACGGCACGCACCCUGAAUCAUGUUGCCCUUGUUGUUGGUCUUGUUGGCACUGUAUUGGUGAUUGUCUUGGAGGUUGUUGUUAUUAAGAAUAGAUAACAGCUAUAAGAGAUGUCAUCUUUGGAUGCAGAUUAUAGAAACAGAUUUGGUUCUCUGCAUUUGAAAUGUUAUUUGCUCAAUGUACUUAAAACAUAUGAUUAUGGUAUGUUUAAAAUCAAUGAAAUUUUCUUUUGAAAAACACUACUUUUUCUUUUUCUUUUCAUAAUUAUCGAAUUACAUUUGCAGUCAUUAAUAAAUAUAUUCAAAGUGUA